GUCAUCCACGUGACCGCAAUGUUUGGCACGUACACAUCACAAACACACACAUCCAUACGUAUAUAUAUGUACAUGUAUAAUAAAUUUGGAACAUAUGUUUAAUACGUGUUUGCUGAGGAAGUUUUAACCCCUUUGACAAGGAAUAUAUAAACUUUAACGAGAGAGAUGGUAACAUCCGAUAGCGAUACCGAUUUUGAAAGCGCUGACGAAGGUCGUAAUGGGCCUCUCAAGAAGGACACUCGAAUAACCUAUUGGACGUCGCCGACGGUCGAUUCCGAGUCGGACGACGAUACCGAAUACGUCCAACAUGCGCCUUACAAAAGUUCCAAUUGGCAAAGAAGAAAGGCCGCGCGAUCGAAUGUUGUAACAGGUCAAGAGACACUAGUUGGUGAUAAGGAUGAUAAAAUUGAUAGCGAUGUCAAAGGUGAAGGCAAUGUACAUAUUGUCCAGUCAGUAGAGACUUUUGAUAAUCAAAAGGAUAUGUCAUCUAUUGAAUCAAAGAAAUCACUUUCCUCAGCUUCUGCGAUAUCAGUAAAAGACAAAAAGGCUGAAUUUGUAACGCACAGCAGUACAGUUGUAAAAUCAGAUGAUGCUAUGUCUAAAGUAGAACCGCCAAAAGCUGAAAAAGCUUCUGAGAGAACGCAACAAAGAAACCUGUCUCAUCGAUUGGGUGCAAAGAAAUUGGCAACUAGAAUUACAAAGGAUAACGACAAUGAAAAUAAAGAAGCUCAGUGUUCGAAUAAGAGAUCUCUAGAACCUAUAAGCAAAGAUUCAGAAUGUGAAUUGCAAAAAGACAAAAAGCAACCAGCAGAUGAUCAAUCUAAAGCAACAGGUAUAAAUGACUCGCCAGAAAUGGACGUACCAGAGGAAUUAAAGUCAAAUAAAAAAUUUAAAGAAAUUUUUCAGCCUGAAGGAUGGGAAGGACUUGGAAACGAUAUUGAAUUGCCCGACGAUUUGAUGGAAGAGAAAUUAGAGCCUGUACUGGAGAAAUUGUCUUUGGCAAACAAAGAACCAGAAAAUUCUUUAGGAAACUGGAGUAGUUGGGGAAAUUGGGAUGUAACUUCGUUACUUAGUACGGCUACUGCAAGUGUUUCUACUUUGACUACACAUGUGUCUCAAGGACUUACACUUUUGGAAGGUACAAUAGGAAUUCAGGACCCUAGAGAAUUGGCAGAAACAGAGCAAGACAAAACUGCCCCACUUGAUGGUGUAGAAUUGGAAACUCAAGAGAAGGAAAAUCAAUCGUAUAGCACGUUCGGAUUCGGAAAUUUGAUAUCAGGAGUAUCCUCGAUUACAAAAUUGGUUGAAUCUACUGGCAAAGAAUUUACUAGCAAAGUUAUGACAGGAGGUUUAGAUACAUUGGAGGCUAUUGGAAAGAAAACAAUGGAAGUAUUGCAAGAUGGUGAUCCUGGAUUAAAAAAGAAAAGAGCCUUCUUCAUGAACGAACCUGAGAAGCCAAAUUUAUCGCAAAUUCUUAGAGAAGCAAAGGAAAAAGCCGAAACUGAGCAAAAAACAAUCGAGGAGCGCCAAUUGGCGAGAAAAGUACAUUUUGAAAGCCUUUUUGACGAUUAUCAAGGACUCGUUCAUUUGGAAGCUUUAGAAAUAUUAUCAAAACAGAGCAAUAUGAAAAUUCAGCAAUAUUUAAUAGAACUGGAUGAGAAUGAAUUGACUUCUGUGCAAGAAACAUUGGAAGAGAUCAAACAACUUUGUAAUCUGAAUGAUGUAGAUGAUAUAGAUGAUGAUGAUAAAAAUAAUAAAGACUUGAAGAAUAAAUUGCAGAACGCUUGUCACGAACUUGGUGUCGAUAUUACUUAUGAAAAGUUAUAUAAUGUUUGGACAGAAACGAAAAGUUAUCUUGCAUCUUCUUCAACACAUACAGACCAGGAAAUCUUUCAAAACGCUAUAUCGACUCUGGCACAAUUUACAGCAUUUUCCAUAGAGAGAUUUCAUAAAACGGCAGAAUUGCUAUUAAUCAAGGAAAGACGUAGUACCGUCAACGAAGCUGAUGCCUUGGUGCAACUUACCAAUAUUCUAUCUGAUCAGAUUAACUUAUUAGCCAAUUCAUUCUACGAUACAUUACAUCAACAAUUUGCUGAGACUGUGGAAAAACCGAAUAAUAUUGAAACGAACUUGGAAAGGAUUUCGUCAGAAGCUUGCAACGCAAAUUCAUAUAUUCAAGAUGCCUUCAAACUUCUCAUCCCUAUUCUACAAGUUGGUGCAAUCUGAUGAAAUAUAAAAAUAUAAAGAAACGUUUUAUAUAUAUUUAAUCUAGAUAAUUGUUAAAUAUAAUUUCCGACCUAACUAUAGAUUAUAACAAUUUCACGCUUCACAAAUAUUUUCUGUUUUACCCUUUUUAUUCAGUAUUUAUAUUCAAAAGAGGGACCAACUUAUAAGCUCAAUGUAUUUACAUGUUUUGUUAUUAACCUUUAUAAUAUUUUGACAUUAUUAAACAUAAAAUAGAUACAUAUAUAAUCACAAAUAAACAAGGAUAUUAAUAUAA